CUGUGUACAUAUUUCGAUAAGUAUAUAAAUUCAGCCAUAUACCUUAUUACGUUUUUUAAAACGUAUCAGCUGCGGUGUAAAAACAGAUCUACAUAAUGAAGCAGAUAGCGUGUAUUCUGAUCGCAUUGGCGAUCAUAGGUGUUUAUGGUGAUGAACCAGAUAAGUUAGUAAAUGGAAUACCCACAACCAUAGAAGAAUAUCCUCACUGUGUUUCCCUAAGAAUCAAGGACAAUCACUUUUGCGGUGGUAGCAUAAUUGAUCCAGAAUAUAUUUUAACUGCUGGGCAUUGUGUAGUGCCCUUAAUUCAAAAUCCCGAUCUAAAGGAAUCUAUGACCGUUGUCACUGGCACGACUUACCUCGAUAAAGGUGGAGAAAGUCAUAAAGUAGACGAAGUGUGGCUCCAUGAAAAUUAUAAUCCUCGCUCUUUGGGUAGAGGUCCUUAUGACAUCGGUUUAAUAAAACUGACUGCGCCCAUUAAGUUUGGCCCAACACAAAAAUCAGUUCCGCUACCAACAGAAAAUGUGGAAAAGAAUGUAGCAGUUACAAUUGCGGCUUGGGGUUCUACAGGAUUUAGAAAACCCAUACAUAAUAAUUUGCAAAAAUUGCAAGCAAGAGUCAUGCUGCCGGAUACAUGUCAAUCUUAUCACAGAUUUAUUAUGAAGAUCCACAAAAAUGAGUUUUGUACUCUCAUCGAACAAGGAACUGGAUUAUGCAAUGGUGACAGCGGCAGCGGAUUACUUCGAGACAGUGACGGAGCAAUUAUCGGUUUAGUGUCUGGUGGAAGACCAUGCGCGCUGGGCUAUCCAGAUGUAUACACUAAUGUUGAGUCCUAUGUUUCUUGGAUCAAAGAAAAAAUGGCCGAAUAAUGGCUUUCUUUAUGUAUUGCACGGAUAUAAUUUUCUUAUAAAAUUUAUCUUGAAAAUCGUAAGAAUCGUAAAGUAACAUUGUAUUUUGAAAAAUUUUAUGUAACUUUUUCUGAUUUAUUAACAUCCACUACACAUUUUAUAUUUUAACACAGUAAAAUAUAAAAUAUAUAUGAUUACUUUUACUAAAUAUUAUUUAUUGUAUAAUAAAAUUUUAAUAAUUUUGUAAUAGGGUUGAACAAUUCAUAAUUCUUUGUUGUUUUAAAUAAAAUAAAUACAAAAUGCUAAGUAGCGAUAAA